AACCCACCUCCGUUCGCACAGUGCGCAGGACCGCAGCCCCCUCCCCACGCCCGCUCACCUAGAGGCGUCGGGCGCGGUGUGUUUGCGUCAUCGCGCCACGCCACCAGCAGAGCUGGGGGAAGAUGGCGGCAGCCGUUCUGAGUGGACCCUCGGCGGGCUCCCCGGCUGGGGCUCCUGGCGGGGCUGGGGGUCUCUCGGCGAUGAGCUCGGGCCCGCGUCUCCGCCUGCUGCUGCUGGAGAGCGUUUCUGGGUUGUUGCAGCCACGAACGGGGUCCAGUGUUGCUCCUGUGCAUCCCCCAGUCUGCUCGGCCCCACAUUUGCCUGGGCUCAUGUGCCUCCUGCGGCUGCAUGGAACUGUGGGCGGCGCCCAGAACCUUUCUGCUGUUGGGGCGUUAGUGAAUCUCAGUAAUGCCUGUCUCAGUUCCAUGAAAACUCGGUUCGAGGGCCUGUGUCUGCUGUCCCUACUGGUGGGGGAGAGUCCCACGGACAUGUUCCAGCAGCACUGUGUCUCCUGGCUUCGGAGCAUUCAGCAGGUAUUGCAGUCCCAGGAUCCUCCACCCACCAUGGAGUUGGCUGUGGCUGUCCUGAAGGAACUGCUCCGAUACGCAGCCCAGCUUCCUGCACUGUCUCGGGACAUCUCUGUCAACCACCUCCCUGGCCUUCUCACGUCGUUGCUGGGCCUCAGACCAGAGUGUGCGCAGUCAGCGCUGGAAGGAAUGAAGGCUUGUAUGACGUAUUUCCCUCGGGCUUGUGGUUCUCUUAAAGGCAAGCUGGCCUCGUUUUUCCUGUCUCGCGUGCAUUCCUUGAGCCCUCAGCUCCAGCAGCUGGCCUGUGAAUGUUACUCCAGGGUUCCCUCGUUAGGGGCUGGCUUUUCCCAGGGCCUGAAGCACACAGAGAGCUGGGAGAAGGAGCUGCACAACCUGCUGGCCUCGCUGCACAGCUUGCUGGGGGCCCUGUACGAGGGAGCAGAAGCAGCUCCUGUGCAGAGCGAAGGCCCUGGAGUGGAGAUGCUGCUUUCCCACUCAGAAGAAGGGGAUGCCCACGUCCUCCUCCGGCUUCGGCAGAAGUUUUCGGGACUGGCCCGCUGCCUGGGGCUGAUGCUCAGCUCUGAAUUUGAGGCUCCUGUGUCCGUGCCGGUGCAGGAAGUCUUGGAUCUCAUCUGCCGGAUUCUCAGCGUCAGCAGCAAGAAUAUUAGCUUGCUUGGAGAUGGGCCUCUGCGGCUGCUGCUGCUACCCUCUAUCCACCUGGAAGCCUUGGACCUGCUCUCUGCUCUCAUCCUCGCGUGUGGAGGCCGGCUUUUACGCUUUGGAGCCCUGAUCAGCCGCCUGCUCCCCCAGGUCCUCAACGCCUGGAGCAUUGGCAGGGAUACCCUCUCUCCAGGCCAGGAGAGGCCUUACAGCACCAUUCGGACGAAGGUGUAUGCUGUGUUGGAAUUGUGGGUACAGGUGUGCGGGGCCUCGGCAGGGGUGCUUCAGGGAGGAGCCUCAGGAGAGGCUCUGUUCACUCACCUGCUCAGUGACAUCUCCCCACCAGCUGAUACCCUUAAGCUCCGCAGUCCUCGGGGGAGCCCUGAUGGGGGUUUGCAAACAGGGAAGCCCAGUGCACCCAAGAAGCUAAAGCUGGACAUGGGGGAAGCUGUGGCGCCACCCAGCCAGCGGAAAGGAGAUAGCAAUGCCAACAGCGACGUGUGUGCGGCCGCGCUGAGAGGCCUCAGUCGGACCAUCCUAAUGUGUGGGCCACUCAUCAAGGAGGAGACUCACAGGAGGCUGCAUGAUCUGGUCCUCCCCCUGGCCAUGGGAGUUCAGCAGGGUGAGGUCCUGGGCAGCUCCCCGUACAGCAGCUCCUGCUGCCGACGUGAGCUCUACCGUCUGCUCCUGGCCCUGCUCCUGGCCCCUUCUCCUCGCUGCCCGCCUCCUCUCUCCUGUGCUCUUCAGGCUUUCUCCCUUGGCCAGAGAGAACACAGCCUCGAGGUCUCCUCUUUUUGCUCAGAAGCACUGGUGACCUGUGCUGCUCUGACCCACCCCCGAGUUCCUCCCCUCCAAACUGUGGGCCCUCCCUGUCCCACAUCUUCCGCAGUUCCGCCUCCUGAGGCCCCAUCUCCAUUCAGAGCCCCACCGUUCCAUCCCCCAGGCCCCAUGCCCUCCGUGGGCCCCAUGCCCUCCGCAGGCCCGUUACCUGCUGCAGGACCCAUGUCUUCAGUAGGUCCAGUGCCCUCUGUGGGCUCCAUGCCCUCGUCAGGUCCCAUGCCAUCUGGAGGCCCUGUGCCCCCAGCACGCCCGGGGCCUCCCGCCACGGCCAAUCACCUUGGUUUGUCUGUCCCGGGCCUGGUUUCUGUUCCUCCUCGGCUUCUUCCUGGCCCUGAGAACCACCGUGCGGGUUCCAGUGAGGACCCUGUCCUUGCCCCUAGUGGGACUCCUCCGCCCACCAUACCCCCAGAUGAAACUUUUGGGGGGAGAGUGCCCAGGCCGGCCUUUGUCCACUACGAUAAAGAAGAGGCAUCCGAUGUGGAGAUCUCCUUGGAAAGUGACUCUGAUGACAGCGUGGUAAUUGUGCCCGAGGGGCUACCACCGCUGCCCCCACCUCCACCCUCAGGCACCAGUCCUCCCCCCGUGGCCCCUGCCGGGCCACCAACAGCCUCCCCUCCUGUGCCAGCCAAGGAAGAGCCUGAAGAACUUCCUGCCACCCCAGGACCUCUCCCUCCGCCCCCGCCUCCACCCGUCCCUGGUCCUGUGACACUUCCACCACCCCAGUUGGUUCCUGAAGGAACUCCUGGAGGGGCAGGACCCCCAGCCUUGGAAGAAGACUUGACGGUUAUUAAUAUCAACAGCAGUGAUGAGGAAGAAGAGGAAGAGGACGAAGAGGAGGAGGAGGAGGAGGAAGAAGAGGAGGAGGAGGAAGACUUUGAGGAAGAGGAAGAGGAGGAAGAAGAGUAUUUGGAAGAAGAAGAGGAGGAGGAGGAGUUUGAGGAAGAGUUUGAGGAGGAGGAAGGUGAGUUGGAGGAAGAAGAGGAGGAAGAGGAGGAGGAGGAAGAGGAAGAAGAGUUGGAAGAGGUGGAAGACCUGGAGUUUGGUCCGGCGGGGGCCGAGGUAGAGGAGGAGAGUGGACCACCGCCCCCCACCCUGCCUCCCGCGCUGCCCCCUCCGGAGUCCCCCAGAGUGCCUCCUGAGCCGGAGCCCGAACCCGAGCUGCUGUUGGAAGUGGAGGAGCCCGGAACUGAAGAGGGGCCUGGGCCUGCCGAGACAGCCCCCACCCUGGCUCCUGAGGGGCUCCCCGCCCAGGGGGAGGUGGAGAGGGGCGGGGAGAGCCCCUCGGCAGGGCCACCUCCUCCAGAGCCAGCCCAGGAAGAGCCCUCUGCGCCCCCGGCCCUGCAGGAGGAGGAGACCGAGGGCGGCAGAGACAAGGUGCCACCUCCUCCAGAGACGCCCAUGGAAGAACUGGAGACGGUGGCAGAGGCCACCGCUGUGCAGGAGAAGGAGGAGGACGCCACUGCUGCCAUGCUGGCUGAUUUCAUCGAUUGUCCCCCUGAUGACGAGAAGCCACUGCCUGCCGCGGAGCCUGACUCCUAGCUCCUUUCCACCCAUCGCCUUGUUCCAAUAAAGUUGCGUCCUGAGA